CCCUGUAGAGGACGAUUAUUCCGUCACAAAAUAUUGGCAUACGUCAAAAUCAUCAGCUUUUUUUUUGAAAUUGUCCAUCUUUUGAAAGCAACUCCAUAUAUUAUAAAUUUUAGUUGAAAAAUCAUGACUUCAAAGUGCCCAGUUAAAGCCAAAUGCAUCGAAAAAGCGAACUCGGCCGAGUACACGAUCACCAUGUGCCGUCACGGGGAGUCCGAAUGGAACGAAAAGAACCUCUUUUGCGGCUGGUUCAAUGCGAAUCUAAGCAGAAAAGGCCACUUAGAAGCUAAAAAGGCCGGUAUAGCCAUCAGAGACGAGAACCUAAAAUUUGACGUGGCAUAUGCGUCGGUUUUGAAACGGUCUCAAGACACCUUGCGUCAUAUUUUAUUAGAAUCCAACCAGUCAACUAUUCCUAUUCACACGACAUGGAGGUUGAACGAAAGACAUUACGGGGGACUCACAGGUCAGAAUAAACUAGAAGCAGUAGAGACUUUCGGUGAAGAACAAGUAGCAAUAUGGAGAAGAAGUUUUGACACACCACCACCUGAAAUGACAGAAGAGCAUCCAUAUUAUGAUGCAAUUGUAAAUGAUCCUAUAUACAAUAACGGUCCGCCGAAAGAGAGAUUUCCAAAGACCGAAUCUUUGAAGCUUUGCAUUGAACGGUCUAUGCCUUUUUGGUAUGAUGUCAUUAUACCACAAUUGAAGGCAGGAAAAAGUAUAAUGAUAGCAGCGCACGGUAACAGUCUAAGAGGUAUUGUAAAGAACCUGGAAAGAAUGACAGCAGAGCAAAUCAUGAACUUGAACCUUCCGACCGGUAUCCCGUUUCAGUACAAAUUAGAUGGAUUGUUCAAACCUAUAGGCACCAUGCGUUUCUUGGGAGACCCAGAAACGGUCAAGAGGGCAAUAGAAGAUGUAGCCAAUCAGACCAAGAAGAAGUAAAGGAAAUUAUUUUUAGUUUAUCAAAUUUUAAUAAAAUAAAUUUUUAGACUUAUGUGGUUUUUUUUUAGUUCUAAG